AUGUCUGGUAGUUCGUUCGACUGGUCUUCGCGCCAGUCUUUAAUCCAAACCCUCUCUUCUCCCGCGCUUUUAGAUGCGCUUUUCUCGAAUCUGCGUCACGGGAAAUUGGAUGGAGGCGGAGGUGAAUCUGAUGAAAGUGUUCACUCUUCCGUCGUGAAAGGACAAAAAGCGGUCGCAUUUUUACGCCCGUCGGGGUUACCAGACGCAACUUUAUCCCGAGUUUGGCGAAAUGGAACGAACGGGACGGGAGAAAUUAGCGAUCGAGACGGGUUGCGACGGGUGUUGACGCUCGUGAAAGAGGCGUUGGAGGAGGAGGAGAGGAGGAGGAUGACUUCGAGCGGAGCGGCGGCGGACGGCGGAUUGAUGACGAUGACGAGCGGCGGAUUGACGCCGACGAGCGUUUCGAGCAACAGUAUUCAAAGCAAACCGAUGUCUGAGAAAGAUAAGGUGAAGUACGAGAAGCAUUUCUCGAGCUUAGACGUGAACAGAUCCGGGAUGGUGACCGCGGAGAACGCGGUGCAGUUUCUCGGGAAGGCGAGUUUACCGGAGAGAGAAAUUCGGGAGAUUGUUCGGAAACGGUCGAGAGGGGCGAUGAGUUUGACUUGCGACGCGUUUUCGUUGGCGAUGCACGACGUGUACGCGGUGAUAAAGGCGAAAGGAAGUGGAGGACACGGAGUGACGCCGAUGGUGAGCGGGAACAGCGGCGCGGGUGCGAACUCGACUCCGGGAAGCGUCAUGAACGCCCAGUUCGCGAGUUUGAACACGCCACAGAAUCAAUACGACGUGUCGUUGGAUACUUUUGUGACCGCGUCCAGGAAUAAUAAUAACAACAACAAUAGCAUCAAUAAUACGACUUUGGCACGACUAGACACGCCAGACACGUAUUCGAGACCUCCUUUAGAUUUGGGAUUCAGCAUGGAUAACGCGGCGGUGGCGACGCCGGCGGACCCGAGAGAGCAAGCCAAACUCGAGAAAGAGUUGAAUCAAUACGAGAGUAAAGUAUCGCAAAGUGACCAGAGAAAUCAACGAGCGAGAGAUGCCAUCGAGAGCACGCGAGCGAAAGUUGAUAAAAUGCGAGAAGCUGCGGAACGCGCGGAGAAGAACGCGCAAGAGGCCAAACGCGAGGCGCAAAGCGUCAUCGAAGACGCCGAGAAGAAACGCUCGGAAUACCGUACGCGAGCGAUGACGGCAAAGGCUCGCGUGGAAGAGCAAAUGCGAGAGAAAGAGAAGCAAAUGCAGGUCGCGAAUAGAGAUUUGGAAAAGUUGCGUCAAAAAGUUGAACAAGCCGAGUCUGUUUCUGCGUUGCCGUUGAAAUCGAUGGAAUCGAAGCUCCGCGCGCUGCAAUUUGAAGUCACUCGAGUAAAGACAGCCGCAAAGAAUAGGCAAGACGCGUUAUCAGCCGAGCUCGUGAGAAAAGGCGCGGAAAUUCGCGAGAUGGAGCGCUUGAAGGCUGCUGCGAUUCAAGAUGCCGAAAAUAUCGAACGUCAAUUUAAAGAAAAGCGAGAGCAAAGCGAACAAGCUUUAGAGCGAGGCAAGCAAGCGUUGGAAGCGGCGAAAAAAUCAACCUUAAACGCGGAGAAUCAACACUUUGAGCGCGUAGAGCGCGUUCGAGAACUACUCGUCGAUGCAAAGAAAGAGUAUGUGAAAGAGAAAGAAGCGCUCGUCGCGGCGAAGAAGAAGUUCGAAAGCGAACUGGCGAAACUCGAAGAGGAACGCGCCCAAGCUGCGCAAGAAUUCGAGAGCCAACGCAUCGUGACAAAAAAAGCUCGAGACGCGCACCGUUUGCAACUUCAAAACAAACGCAUCAUGUUAGAAGAAGCAUCGGACGCGCUGAAGGAGGCGAAGAAACAACGAGAUGUCAUCGAGGCUGAGCAUAAAGCUUCGCUCGCCACUGCGAAUGAAAACUUUCAGCGAACCGAAACUCGAUUGAACGCCGAGAAAGCAAAAUUAAAACAAACCGAAGAAAAACACAAAGGCGUUUUGAAAGACAUCGAGGAGAAGAUUGAAAGCGCAGAAUCGAGGACGGAAGAUAUAAUUCGCCAGAUUGAAAACGCCGAUCGCGAUUUAGAAAAGCGAAAGAACGAACUCGAGACGAGGUUAGAAGUCGCGACGGAAAGCUUGGAGAAGACGGAAGAGGAGUUACGCGGCACAAAGUUAAGAGUCGACGCGCAAAGAGAAGAGUUGGAUUUGCGCGAACAGGCGUGCCAAGAGAAAGAAGCGGAGGCUGAAAAUGCCGCCGAAUCGUCGAAAUCGUUGAUCAAGUCAAUGGAAGAAGACGUGAACGAGUUGCGGACGAAAAUUGAAGCCGAGGAGAAGCGCGUCAACGAAGAAACCAGCGCGGUGCAGAGAGAUUUAGAGGCGAAGCGUGCACACUUGGAAUUGGAAACGACUAAACUAGAAGCUGCGCUCGAUCGCGCGAGAGAUGUCUUCCCGCGCGAAAGCGCCGCCGCUCAGCAAGCGUACGCUUUAGAAGCUAUGAUUGCGACGACGGAAUCGGCGAGGGAAGAGGCUGAACGGUCGGCGGCGGAAUCCGAGGCGCAAUCGGAAAAGAACAUGGCGAGGUUGAUGGAGCUCGCAGAGAUGGUUGGCAACGCAAACACGGAAUUGAAGAGUUCGUCGAAGUUUACAGGAGGAGAAACGUUCAGUUUUACCACCGCUGCUGCCGAAGAAACGACGUCGACGAGUUCGUUUGAAUUCGCGUCGGGCGCCUCGCCGUUCGCGGAAUCGAAGGAGCUUAAAUCGGACGCACCGGAGCCGUUCACGGGUGGCUUUGCCGAAGCCGAAGACGUUUUCUCGCCGCAAGUGAACUUGAAGAAAUCGUCCUCCGCCAACGCAUUCGCAUUCGAUGAUGGCGGCACCGUGAUGAACGACGCUGACUUUGGCGACGAGUUUGACGCGUUCGCGAAACCGAAAGCGACGGGAAGUUCCGAACAACCCUUAUUUAGCGCACAUUCUGCGCCAGCAGCUGUCGAAGAUAUCGACGGUGACGAUCCAUUCGACGUCGAUUUCGGUACGAAUAAAAACACCGCCACCGCCGCCGAGGACAAUUUACGCAAAGAGGCAAAAGAAGACGACGCGUUCUUCAAAGAUUUCGGCGACGACGCGUUUCCUCCGUCACAACAAAUGGAACGCGAGAGUAGCAAAGAAAAUGUCGAAUGGUUCGAAGAUGGCAUGAAUAAUUCCAUAGAUCACGAGCAACAACAACACGAUUUAGACGACGACGACGAUGACGACGAUGGCAUAUUUGGUCGGCCAAUUGCGGCGAACGAUGGAGGAAGAAUGCCUCCGGAAGACGAUCUCGCGUUUGAAGAGGAAGAUUUCUUCGCGCCGAUUGCCCAGAAACCUGUUCAAUCGUUCGAAGAUUUCAACGACACGAUUGGCGAUCGAGGUGAACAGCAAACGAAUAAUGGAUUUGAGGAUACCAACGACACCGACGAUGCGUUCAAACAACCAGGACAGCUCGGCCGGAAUAAGUUUGACGACGACGACGAUGCGUUCAACGACGAGUUCUCCGGCGAUUUCAAUUCUCGAGAAGAUAACAACGGAGCGAACAAUAACAACAUGAACGACGACGGAUUUUCGGACGAUUUUGGUGAUUUUGAAUCGUCCAGGCAAAGCGUCGAAGCUGCUGGCUCGUUUACGAACAAAGCAUUGAAAACGAGUAACGUCGAUACCACGUUCGACGACGACGCCACGGAUGAGGACGAUGAACCGUCGUCGCCGAAUCGCCAACAACAAAGUUCUGUCGCUGUUCCGGAGAUUACCGAAGACGUCGGCGAUAAAGAAAACGAACUUCCACUCUACAUCAGUCGCGACGAUCUCGAACGUUCUAAAAACGCGUGGUAUACGCUCAGGAAAUCAUUGAACGAUCCGAACGCGCUCGGCGUUACGGGCGCGCAAGUCGCCGCCAUGGCGACGAAAACUGGUUUGCCGAACGAGAAGCUGGCGGGUAUGUGGAACGCGAGUUGCACGUCCGACGGAUCCAGUUUGGGUUUGGGUGAUUUCUGCGUGUUUAUGCACUUGUUAAAGCACGCGCUGAACGGUGGGAGUAUGCCAGACUUUCGCAUCGAAGGGUCGUUUCGCGAGGAAAUGUUAGGCGCGGAUAUCGUCAACGAAGAAGCGAGAGUGACGAACGAAGCGAAAGGCUCGUUUUUGAAAGACGAAGAGAGCGAAACAGAAAAGUCAGCGAAAGAGCAGCAACAGCAAAAACAACAACAACAACAACAACAACAACAAUCUAUGCCACCGCCCGUGAACAUCGCCACGCCGCCACACGCGCAAAGUCAACAACAACAACAACAACAACAACAGCAAGCUUCCCCGACGCGUCGUUCGGCAGGCGGGCAGCAUUCGCCGACGCGUCGCGGCUCGGACGCGCUUCCGAUUGAAGGUCAGUCGCAACGCUUAAAAGUCUUCAUCGAUUCCGUCGCAAACGUCAAAGAUGCCUCAAAAAUGCAACAGGUGCACUGUAAAGUUUCUUUAGUCGACACGAACGGUCAAGAACUGGAACAACCGCAAAACACGGCGGUUGGCGCUCGACCCGGGAACGACGCCAACUCGCUCACGUUACAAAACGCGGUCACCUUAUCCUCCGCGCCGGCGACUUGGCCCGCCGGUUCUGCCGUUUUAAUCGAACUGAGACAUUUCAAAAAGAAAGAAAAUAAAGUCUCCACGCGCUGUUGGAGUUUCAUGGAAAAAGAAUCCGUCAGACCGGGUUUGUUCGGUUUGCCGUUGGCGAAAAAACCAGCGGAUCCUCUCCGCCAACGCGUCGCGUUGUUCAACAAAGGCACGCCCGAUUUGAAGUUGCGCUUUAGCUUCGUUUAA